GGGUUUCACGCGUGCGCAGUCCUAAUCUGGCAAGACAGUUCGGGCGGCCGGAGGGUCAGAUUGGACCUGCGAGGCGGAAACACGCCCUUGGAGUUCCGGCGAGCGCAGCCCCGGCAAGGGUGGCAGCAUGGAGGAGGCGCCCCACGGCUGCCCCGGGAUCGACAGCGCCCAGGCGGGCCGAGGAGCCUCGUGCCAGGGAUGCCCCAACCAGAGGCUGUGCGCGUCGGGCGCCGGCGCCGCACCAGACCCGGCCGUGGAGGAAAUCAAAGAGAAAAUGAAGACAGUGAAACACAGAAUCUUGGUGCUGUCUGGAAAAGGUGGCGUUGGGAAAAGCACGUUCAGUGCCCACCUCGCUCACGGCCUGGCAGAGGAUGGAGACACACAGGUCGCCCUUCUGGACAUUGAUAUCUGUGGGCCAUCGAUCCCCAAGAUCAUGGGCUUGGAAGGAGAGCAGGUUCACCAGAGUGGCUCUGGCUGGUCUCCAGUGUAUGUGGAGGACAAUCUGGGGGUGAUGUCUGUGGGUUUCCUGCUCAGCAGUCCUGAUGAUGCUGUCAUCUGGAGGGGACCAAAGAAAAAUGGCAUGAUCAAGCAGUUCCUUCGUGAUGUAGACUGGGGAGAUGUUGACUACCUCAUCAUAGACACCCCACCCGGCACAUCCGAUGAACACCUCUCAGUCGUCCAGUAUCUGGCUGCGGCACACAUUGAUGGGGCGGUGAUCCUCACCACCCCUCAGGAGGUGGCCCUCCAGGAUGUCCGGAAAGAGAUCAGCUUCUGCCACAAGGUGAAGCUGCCCAUUAUCGGUGUGGUGGAGAACAUGAGCGGUUUCAUCUGCCCUAAGUGCAAGAAAGAGUCUCAGAUCUUCCCUCCCACAACCGGGGGUGCAGAGGCCAUGUGCCAGGACCUGAAGAUCCCUCUUCUGGGCAGAGUGCCGCUGGACCCACUCAUAGGUAAGAGCUGUGACAAAGGCCAGUCUUUCUUUGUUGAAGCCCCGGAUUCACCAGCCACAGCAGCCUACAGAAGUAUUAUUCACAGGAUCCAAGAGUUCUGUAGUUCUCAUCCAUCCCUGAAGGGGACAGAGCCAAGUGCCACCUGCUCCUAGCUGCAGAACCUGCAGGCACAGGUCCAGCCCCAUCGGUCACAUCAGUCAGAGCGGGACAGGUGGAGCCAUGGCCACCAGAUGCUGACAGGAUUUGGAGUCACUUCCUUAAGAUACUUUAAUCUCCUAUUUUCCCACUUCCUUCAGAUCAAAGGUACAGGUACUCUGCAUACAGGUGCCAUUCAUCAUAAAAUAAAACUGUCUCCGUGAA